AUGAAGGUACCGUCGCGUUGGUACUUUUUCCUUCAACCACGGGUCCUCCGUGGGGUCGGUCGCGUCGUUGGCCGGCCACUCGCGCAGGGGUUCAAUUUCCGUGUACGCUGGUCGGUGUGCGGCCUGGCUCCCGGUGGAGGCUCGGAAGGCCUCCCGCUGUGCCGCCAUGUUUUCCUUGCGACAUGUAUACUGGCCACAGCGGCCCUGGUGCGCCCGGCGGGCGCGCAGGCUGGCUGCCAGGAUCUCCCCGCACGUGUCGCAGCGCACCAGACCUUGUGCGAUGAGGGCCUCAUUCGUGAUGCUGAGACGCUCGUGCUUCUGGUGGACUGCGUGGAUGUGAGAGCGGAGCUGGCCUCCGCGCCGGGGCCCCGAGAAGGACUGGUGGCAGCCGCCGGCUGUGCAUUGGAGGGGGUCCGGCAGCGCGGGGGUGUCCUCAUGGGAGAACACCGCCGCGGUGAGGGGGGUGUUUUCCCCCUCCUCGUCCGACUCUGCCAAUGUGUUGUCGCCGUAUUCGUCGUCGUCCAGGUAUUGGGUCCCGGACACUCUGCCCUCCUGGAUGCUCGCGAGGUCUUCUUCGCAGCACUCGUCGAGCCGCACCGUCGUAGGUGGCCCGACGUGUCGCCGGCCUGGUUGACCGUAGCGUACUCUGCCGGAGCCGUCUCGGCCGAGAGACCUGUCGGGGUGCUGCCGCGUGCACGGAAGCACCUCUGCGUCCUCGUCCACCUCACCUACAUAUUCAGUGCUGAUGUCGUCUUCGUCCUCCGGCGGUGGGUCGACGCGGCGAUAGAUGCUGAGGAUCACCUUCGUCGUGUCGAUUCCGUGGGUGAUCUUCUGCCGGUUCUGGCCGUCGAUCCGCUCCCACGCCGUGUUACCUGUGGCCUUUGGGAUGUACGCCACUACGUGUGUUGGCGAGGAUGCCGCCACGACGCCGACGAGCGUGUACUGCGCCGAGCCGUUGCCGUGCGGCAUGUCCAGGUCAAACGGUAG